CGCACCUGUUGAGACUGCUCCGGUGAUUUCAACGAUAGGUUAUCAGGGUUUCAGUGAGCUGUGUUUCAGCGAGUGCCCAGACGAGGUUUUCAGCCCUUCUUAAAGAGCUUUCCAGCAUGUCGAGGCCGUUGAUCUUCCUGGCUCUAACUUUAACAGUCUUCUUCUCUGUGGCGAGUUCUUCAUCAGACAGUCCUUGUCGGCGCGAAAAAUUCAAGAGUUACGAAGAUCUCAACGUCUACUUGGCAUGUGUGAAGAUGCAAGCUACAAUGAGGUACGGUAAACGGGCCCCCCCGUCCCUGCUCCUCCGCAAACUCCAGCCCGAUGUCUUCACCGACUACGAGAACGAUUUCCCAGCAAUUUCCAACAUGUUAUACGGCGACAACUAAAACUUCUUCUCACCACACAACACAGUAUUAUGUUUAUAUGAUUUUUGUGUAGUUUCGAAUUAAGUUUGGGCCAUUUUCUCAACGUUUAUUUAAUGUAGAACGCUUUAAUAAAUAAAAAGACAAGUAAAGUUUUCAGAAUCAUUUUUAACUGAAAUGUCAA